GGAAAUGGGUUGAGAAAUGUGUCCUUUUUUGCUUGCUUCUUUUUGAAUAGUUUAUUGUCCUUGGUUGUUGGACAUAAUACUGUGUAUAUUGAAUUGAUAUUCCAAUCUCAUAAUGGCGAGCACUGCGGGAAAGAGCAUCGUUUGCAAGGCCGCUGUCGCAUGGGCAGCUGGCGAGCCCCUCUCAGUCGAAGAUGUCGAAGUCGCGGCGCCAAAAGCUCAUGAAGUUCGCAUCAAGGUCCUCCACACGGGCGUUUGCCAUACAGAUGCCUACACGCUCUCCGGAAAAGACCCAGAAGGUGCAUUCCCCGUAAUCCUCGGCCACGAAGGUGCGGGGAUUGUCGAAUCAGUAGGGCCUGACGUAUCGAACGUUCAAGUCGGGGAUCACGUUAUCGCUCUCUACACCCCCGAAUGCGGGCAGUGCAAGUUCUGCAGAUCUGGCAAGACCAAUCUAUGCGGUAAAAUCCGCGCCACCCAAGGACGGGGCGUCAUGCCCGAUGGGACAUCUCGUUUCAGGGCGUGUGGGAAAGACCUACUACACUUUAUGGGCUGCUCGACCUUUUCACAAUAUACGGUUGUCGCGGACAUUUCAGUGGUCAGUGUCACAACGAAGUGUCCCACAGAUCGAUCAUGUCUCUUGGGCUGUGGUAUAACCACCGGCUAUGGCGCUGCGACCCACGUUGCAAAGAUUACAAAAGGGUCGAACAUUGCGGUUUUUGGAGCUGGAUGCGUUGGCCUGUCAGUUGUGCAAGGCGCGCUAAAACAGCAAGCCGGAAAAAUUAUCGUUGUCGAUAUCAACGACGCCAAAAAGGACUGGGCGUUCAAAUUUGGGGCCACACACUUCGUCAACCCAUAUAAACUGAUCAAAGGAUCAGUUGAAGAGCAACUCAUUGAGUUGACCGAUGGCGGAUGUGACUACACCUUCGACUGCACUGGGAAUGUGGCAGUCAUGCGGGCAGCUCUUGAAGCAUGCCAUAAGGGCUGGGGUGAGAGUAUCGUAAUCGGGGUGGCUGCUAGCGGACAGGAAAUUAAGACCAGACCCUUCCAGCUAGUAACUGGUCGCGUAUGGAGGGGGUGUGCAUUUGGUGGCAUCAAAGGCCGGUCUCAGCUUCCCAGUCUUGUGGAAGACUAUUUGAAUGGCGAUUUGAAGGUUGACGAGUUUAUCACUCAUCGUCAGUCUCUUGCCAAUAUUAAUGUGGCUUUUGAGCAGAUGAAGCAGGGGGAUUGCAUUCGGUGUGUUGUUGAUACGGCAUAGAUGUGUUGUGGGGAAUGGAAUGUUAAGAGUAUCUGCGGAGUACAAGUAGCGAGUAGUUAAGUUCGGGCAUAGGUGUCUACCAAGGUAGUGAUUUGAUGAGUACCUUGGUAGUGGGGUUAAAUUAUAUAUUGAAAGGAGGCCUCCUCCAAUGUUCUUCAAAUUCGUUGCAUAAUGUGCUUUACCAAUUUCGUUCAUAGCCAGAUCCGAAAGCAUUUUACAUUCCCGAU